CCGGAGCUGAGUGCAGGGUUACCGCGCCCAUCUCUGCUGUUUGAUGGCCGCAGGAAGAAGCCACUGAGAUCUUGACGCCGAGGAAGUGAAGAGGGACGACGACGCCGUAGGACGAGGGGAUCUUUUUGGCCGUGAAGGUGGAAUUUUGUGGAGGCUCCGGAGAGCACUCACGUGGGACUCAGAAGGCCUAUCUCGGGGUGAAACACCACCUCGCAUCUGCUCUACUGUGCCGGUGUGGCCCCCCCUCCUCCUCCUCCUCGGCGGGUCAAAACUGUGUUCGGGGAGUGCCGCUCUUCGCUAGCUUCACUGAGCUAAAUCCGAGCGCUUGGCUGGAGAGAGGAGAGACGAGCUCUUACUUGUUUCCAGCUAAUGUGAUUCUAAGCGCUGAUUUCAUUUGAAAGCAGAUCAGAAAGAAUCUAGGCGGCGGAGCGAAGCACACCAUUAGCAGAGGAAAAUGAGUGAACUGGAUCAGCUACGACAGGAGGCUGAGCAGCUGAAGAACCAGAUCCGAGAUGCCAGGAAAGCGUGUGCUGAUGCUACCCUGUCUCAGAUCACAGCUAACAUUGACCCCGUUGGCCGAAUUCAGAUGCGCACUCGCCGAACACUGAGGGGGCAUCUGGCUAAAAUCUAUGCCAUGCACUGGGGCACCGAUUCAAGGCUUUUGGUCAGUGCAUCCCAGGAUGGAAAACUCAUUAUUUGGGACAGCUACACCACGAACAAGGUCCACGCCAUCCCGCUGCGCUCCUCUUGGGUGAUGACGUGCGCCUACGCCCCUUCUGGCAACUAUGUCGCAUGUGGUGGCUUGGACAACAUUUGCUCCAUCUACAACCUGAAGACCCGUGAGGGAAAUGUGCGGGUGAGCCGUGAGCUGGCUGGGCACACAGGUUACCUGUCCUGCUGUCGCUUCCUGGAUGACAACCAGAUUGUCACCAGCUCUGGAGACACCACCUGCGCUUUGUGGGACAUAGAGACUGGACAGCAGACAACUACAUUUGCUGGCCACACCGGUGAUGUCAUGAGCCUCUCUCUGGCACCCGACACGAGGCUGUUUGUGUCUGGGGCCUGCGAUGCCUCAGCCAAACUCUGGGACAUCAGAGAAGGAAUGUGCCGGCAGACCUUCACUGGCCAUGAGUCUGACAUCAAUGCCAUUUGCUUCUUCCCCAAUGGCAAUGCCUUUGCCACGGGCUCAGACGAUGCCACCUGCCGGCUGUUUGACCUGCGUGCCGACCAGGAGCUGAUGGUGUACUCACAUGACAACAUCAUCUGUGGUAUCACCUCUGUGGCUUUCUCCAAGAGUGGCCGCCUACUGUUGGCUGGCUACGAUGACUUCAAUUGCAAUGUCUGGGACACCUUGAAGGCCGAUCGUGCAGGCGUCCUGGCUGGUCAUGAUAACCGGGUGAGCUGCUUGGGUGUGACUGACGAUGGCAUGGCAGUGGCAACAGGGUCCUGGGAUAGCUUCCUCAAGAUCUGGAACUAGAGUCUGAAGAUUAUAUCCGGACUCCAAAAUUGCGUGGAAGACCAUUCCAACAUCACAAUGUUUAAUUGUAUUGCAUAUCCAAUCUUUUCAAAACAUGAUACUGACUCAAAACACCCAAAAAACUAGUAAGGGCAAAAAUCUCUCUCUCUUUCUCCUCCUCUUUAAAAGAGCACAAUUGUCUGUCAAUCAUUCAGCUCUAACUGUGCAGGUCAAGGAAUUUGGUUGUCUCUGAAUGAACGAAUGGAAAAGUUGUUCAUUCCACUCAUGACCACAGCUUGAGUGAAGAUUAUUACACGACAGCGAUUUACCGCUUCAUAGCGUCUGGGCCAUCUUUCAAUUUUUGUUUUUUUCACCCCUUCAUCUCUGUCGAAGUAGAUCUUUAGCUUGUCUGUUGAGGAUCAAAUGAGGAUCAAAUCUUUGUUUUUUUGCUAAUCUUUACAUGUUUGAUAGAAUGUUUUAAUUUGAAGAUAUCCUUGGGAAUUCAGCUUUAUCCCACAGGAGAACAAAGUGAGAGAAUUUUGUUUCAACAGGGAGUCCUCAAGCCACUUCUGGCCCUGCUGUAUAUUUAGACCCAUGAAAUCUUUCUUUCCCCCUCAGUGUAGUCCGCAAAUCUUUGUUUGCACAAAAAUGUAAACUUUGCAUAUAUAGAAAUAUUGUCAAAAGAAAAAAAAAAUUAACUAACCAAGCACAUGCUGUUAUAAAUGAAUGCUCAUUUUUCAAAUGCAAAAACCACAAAAAAGAAACAAAACCAUUUAACAAUUCUUGAAACUCUUUUUUUUUUUUCUUUUUUUUUUUUUUGGUCUCGCGUCAGUCUAGACUAAUGAAAUGAACAUUAACCUAUUUGAUCAUAAUCCAGCCAACCCUUUCUAUAUUUUAUUUUAUUUUGUUUCCCCUCCUGUAGUUUUGUGUUGCUGUGGUUGGGACCAGGGAAUGUGGUCGGGUAGGGAGUUGCUCCAUUUUAGCCAAACUGCGUUUCAGAACUUUCUCGAACAGGUGCCCAUUCUUUGCUUGGAAAUGCAGUUACUACUCUGUGAAUGACAUGUUGUAUAAAUCAAUGUUUGAAAAUAAUAUUGAAACUUUUUAAGUUAAAAACUAAAAAAAAAAAGAUUUUGGUUGUCUGCAAUGGGUGGGUUAUCUCUUAGAAUCGCAUGCUGUAGAAUUGCUUAAAGGUGCAUAAUAUGGAAUUAAGUCCUUUGAUGUUUUCUUUAAGAAAAGAACCUGUUGAAUAUAGAAAUACAGUGGUAUUUAUUUUUCUUUCCCCCCAGUUUUGACUUUCUUUGUUUUUGCUACUCCGUGCAUACCAUAAUACAACUAAAAUGUCAAAGCUAUGCACACGAGAAGCAAACUCAGCAUUAUUAAAGGUUGCUUAGUCCAUACUUGGGAGGGAUUACACAAAUUAUUUAGAACCAAAUGUAAAUUGUACACACUUGCAUAAAUACAUUUAAUCACCUAAACAUACCAAUAGGGCAAAUUUUCAUUCCUUCUGUAGCAAACAAAAUUCAUAAAGGUUUUUUUCUGUUCUUUAAUAAUAAUUUAAAAAAAACUUGCAGCAUCUGGAUGACAGACUUUUUUGUUCACUUGUAAAUUUAAGACGCUCUUCCUUUUAGCAGUAGUGCCAUUGUUUUUUUCGCUGCAACAGUCUGUACAAAAAGAUGUGCUGUGAUUGUGUUUUAGGCCUGGAGUUGGCAAAAAAAUUAAAACUGAAUUUAAAAAAAGGCAACAUUAAAUACCUUUGCUUUUCUCUCAUUCUCAAUCAAAUAACCAUAGAGCUCUGCACCCCUUCUAUUCCCUUUUCACCAUUUGUAUUUCAUUUUCAAGUCAGUCAGUGUACAACCGAAAGCUGGAUGCAAGAUAGAAACUAUAUUAAAAUGUACUGUUAUUUAAAGAUGUAAUAAAAAGCAGUUUGAGAUGA